AUGGGUGAACGUAAAGGACAGAAUUUCUAUUAUCCACCGGACUUUGAUUAUAAAAAGCAUAAAACUUUAAACAGCUACCAUGGGACGCAUGCAUUGCGAGAACGUGCUGCUAAAAUCAAGCAAGGGAUUCUUAUUAUACGUUUUGAAAUGCCAUUCAAUAUUUGGUGUCUUGGUUGCAACAACCAUAUUGGAAUGGGUGUACGGUACAAUGCUGAAAAGAAGAAAAUCGGAAUGUAUUACACGACACCGUUAUAUGAAUUUCGCAUGAAAUGCCAUCUAUGUGAUAAUUACUUCGUCAUACGUACAGAUCCUGAGCAUUUUGAUUAUGAACUUGUGGAAGGCUGUCGUCGGCAGGAGAAACGGUAUGAUCCAUCUACCAUCGAUCAGCUUGGAGCCGUUGAUCGAGGUUUUAGCAGACAGUUGGAAAGCGAUCGGAUGUUUCAGGUUGAACAUGUGGAGCAAGACAAAGAAAAGGCAGCAAGUUCAGCCGAUAAGAUUGAUAAAUUGGAAUGGAUUCAGGAAAGGAUGCGGGACGAUUUUGCCGCUAAUCAAGCUUUGAGGAAGUCAUUCAAGCUUGAAAAAACUAGUUUAAAGGAGGAAAGAGUCAAAGAUGAAGACUUGCUGAAGAGAAUGAGUUUGGACAUUAAGCUGGUAUCAGAAAGUGUUGAGGAUAAAAAACUUGCUGCUGCAGUCAUGCGUCGUCAACCAUCAACUUCAGUGAAGGACGAUGUGAAGCAAAAGCAGUUGUUGUCUAUGAAACUUCGUAGAAAUGAACGCAGUGCUUUUGAUAGUGUGUCAUCUGCACAUAACGAACAGGAACAAAUAACAGCCGGAAGUCUUGGUAUUAUUAAAAGAUCAAAAUACGAAAAUGAAGAUGAAAUCGGUAUUUUGAACAAGAAGAAUCUGAAUGAUGUCAAGCCUGAACCUGAAGAAUUAUUGCUGUGUACUGGCCAGAUGAAUUUAACGAAUAUCAAGGAUGAAUUCGUUCCAGUUGCGGAGUCAGAACUAUGCAGUAAACCUUUAGCAUUAGUAGCAGAUUAUGGUGGUGAUAGUUCAUCAGACAGCGCUGAUUAA